UCAUGCAUGGAAUUUAAAUGCAAGUAUUGUGCUAUUAUUAAUCUUCUAUUCAAACGUUUCGGUGGUUCUACGAUUUUACGACAGUAUUACGGCCUUGAUUUACGGCAGUAUUUGACAGGCGACUCGAGCGCGGAAUUUGUAAACAGAACCAAAGGUCUGCGUUUCUCCUCAUGUUUUUUAAUGAGAUUUUUUUUUUAUUUGACUUCGAGAAAAUUGUUUUUAUACUUUUUUUCUUUAUCAAAGUGAAGGGAGUGCCGUUUUUCAACCAGGGACUACUUUUGUGUUCUUUAAAGUUUUGGGACACCAUGGCUUUAGCUAGCUGCGUUAGCUAACAUGCUAGCAGGCUGUCUGGAGGACCGCCGGCUUCUUCAUGUGAGAGCUGCCAGGUAUGCUCGUUUACCUUCUUGGGAGAUCUUUGCUUCGAUCCGGAUUACAGCGGCCCGGGGUCCAGUCGAGGUGUUUCUGUGCGGCGCAGAGUGACCGGUAUCCGGGCACAUCGCAACCGGCAGACAUGAACCGGAGCCGGGCUCAGAUCAAGCGGGUCCUCUGCGUAGCCGAGAAGAACGACGCUGCCAAAAGCAUCGCAGCGAUCAUGUCCAGCGGCACGUCCAGGAGGAGAGAGGGGAUGUCAAAGUUUAAUAAAAUCUAUGAGUUCGAAUAUCAUCUCUUUGGUCAGAAUGUGACGGUAACAAUGACUUCAGUGUCGGGACAUUUGCUGGGUCUGGAGUUUAAAGCACAGUUCCAGAAAUGGCACAGUUGCAAUCCUGUGCUGUUGUUUGAUGCUGAGGUAGAGAAGUACUGUCCAGAAAAUAUGAAACAAAUCAAGCGGACACUGGAGAAAGAGGCGAGGCAGUGCCAGGCCAUAGUCAUCUGGACUGAUUGUGACAGAGAGGGAGAAAACAUUGGCUUUGAAAUCAUAGAUGUCUGCAAAGCAGUGAAGCCCAAUUUACAAGUAUUUCGGGCCAAGUUUUCUGAGAUCACCCCCAACUCCAUUCAGAGAGCUUGUGAGACCCUAAUGGAGCCAGAUGCUAACAUCAGCGAUGCUGUCGAUGUCCGUCAGGAGCUGGACCUGCGAAUAGGGGCAUCCUUCACUCGAUUCCAGACGCUCCGCCUGCAGAAGAUCUUUCCAGAGUCUCUGGCCAAUCAGCUGAUCUCAUACGGCAGCUGUCAGUUUCCCACUCUGGGAUUUGUUGUGGAGCGUUUUAAAGCCAUCCAGGCUUUCAUACCUGAGACUUUCUACAAGAUUAAAGUGCUGCACAAGGUGGAGGAGGACACUGUCGAGUUCAGUUGGAAAAGAAACCGUCUCUUCAACCACACAGCUUGUCUGGUGCUCUACCAGAUUUGCAUGGAGGAUCCCAUAGCAACAGUUACCUCAGUAACCAGCAAACCCAAGAGCAAGUGGAGACCGCUGCCUUUGGACACGGUGGAAAUGGAGAAACUUGCAUCUCGGAAACUAAGAAUAAGCGCCAAAGAGACCAUGAAAAUUGCAGAGAAACUGUAUACCCAGGGGUAUAUCAGCUACCCCCGUACAGAGACAAACAUUUUCCCCACAAACUUGACUCUCGGCCCCCUGGUGGAGCAGCAGACUCAAAACCCAGUCUGGGGAACGUUCGCCCAGCGCGUGAUUGACCAGCCUGGGGGUCCCAACCCACGACAGGGCAAGAAAUCUGACCAAGCCCAUCCCCCCAUACACCCCACCAAGCACUCCAGCACACUGCAGGGCAAUGAAGGACGUUUGUAUGAGUUCAUUGUCCGGCACUUCCUGGCCUGUGUAUCCCAGGAUGCUUUGGGGCAUGAGACAGUGGUUGACAUUGACAUCGCCCAGGAGAGCUUCUCCACCUCGGGACUCAUGAUCAUUGCAAGGAACUACUUGGACGUGUACCCGUAUGACAGGUGGAGCGCUAAGGUGAUUCCAGUGUAUGAGCAAGGCUCUCAGUUCCAGCCCUCUGCAGUGGAGAUGGUGGACGGACAGACGAGUCCUCCGCAGCUGCUCUCUGAAGCCGACCUCAUAUCCCUGAUGGAGAAGCAUGGCAUCGGCACCGAUGCAACCCAUGCAGAUCACAUCGAGACCAUCAAGAGUCGCAUGUAUGUUGGCUUAACAGCUGAUCAAAGGUUCUUGCCCGGAGAGCUCGGCAUGGGACUGGUGGAGGGUUACAACUCCAUGGGAUAUGAGAUGUCCAAACCAAACCUGCGUGCUGAAUUGGAGGCUGACCUCAAGCUGGUAUCAGAGGGGAGGAAGGACAAACGGAGCGUACUGCAGCACCACAUCCAGAAAUACAAGAUCGUCUUCAUCGAGUCCGUCAGGAAGGCGAAAAAGUUAGACGAAGCCCUGUCGCUAUAUCUGGGUGCAGCUCAGGAGAUCCCUGAAGCAGAGCAGCAGGACAUGGAGAUGCCGCUGCCGGUAAGGAAGUGCCCUCACUGCGCGCGGGACAUGGUGCUGAAGAAGAAGAGAGAAGGAAACAGUACGUACCUGUCCUGCACGGGCUACCCAGCCUGCAAGACGGCAGUGUGGUUCCCUGACACGGUGCUGGAGGUGAGCAGAGACGACAGCAUCUGUCCCACCUGUCAGCCGCACCCAGUUCACAUGUUAAAGUUAAAGUUCCGCAGGGGAAGCCUCCCUCCCAUGAUGCCUUUGGAAUUUAUUGGCUGCAUUGGUGGAUGUGACGAGACGCUCAGAGAGGUGCUGGACCUGAAGUACCUUCGGGCAGGGGGAGGAGGAGGCGGAGGAGGUGGGAUGGGUGGAGGAGGAGGAGGAGGAAGAGGAGGCGAUCCUCGUCCACCAACUCCAAGGCCCCCCAGACCGCCAAGAUCAAAUCCUCUUCCUUCCCUUCCCCCGGUCCCCUCCUGGACCCCGCAGCCACCACCUCCAGCAGGGGGCGGUGGUGUCAGUGCAGACGGCAACGGUGAUGCCAUUGUGUGUAACUGUGGUCAGGAUGCACUCCUCCUAACCGUGCGCAAAGACGGACCCAACCAAGGUCGGCAGUUUUACAAGUGCAACGCUGGCAGCUGCAACUUCUUUCUGUGGGCGGAUCAGCCAAGUCAGCAGGGGGAGCCGCGGAGUCAAGGUCCCCCGCUGCAAGCCCCACCGAGGAUCUCUGUGGGGUUCCGAAACCCCCCCGGAGGAGGCAGAGAGCAGGAAGGGGGUGCAGGAGGACAUGCGGGACAGACGAUGUGUAACUGUAAUGAGGCAGCGGUGACACGCACGGUGCAGAAGGACGGUCCCAACAAGGGCCGGAUGUUCCACACUUGCGGGAAACCAAGAGACCAGCAGUGUGGCUUCUUCCAGUGGGCUGAUGAGAAUGAACCUCCACCAGGUGUGUAUGGUGGUGGAUUUAAUAAUGGUGGAGACGCAGGGAAGAAGGGAAGGAAGGUCAUGGGCGAUGCCACCGCGAACAAACCAGCUGCAAGGAAACCGCGUACCUGCGGCAUCUGCCACAUGCCGGGACACACCCGAGUCACCUGUCCCCAGCGGUGACCGCCGCCUUAAGACACUGUGUGGGUUUGCUGAGUCAGGUUUCAUUUUUCAAAUAUGCUCAACUUGGAUUGUAAGAACUUCUUAACGGGGUGGACCUCUUUUUCUGGAAUAUGAGAAUAUAAACAAGACCCUGUAUGCUGCCUGCAAAGUUACAUGUUGAUGACCAAGAAGACUAAAACAGCUUUGAGCACAAUGACUAAAGUCAUACAAUGACCCCGGCUCAAACUUACUCAGAAAUUGUUUUACCCAUUCACAUUUGUUCAGCACAAUGACAACUCUGUUGUAUAUUAAAAAAAAGGGGCGGGGGGGGGUCUGAGACAUUUUGUGUCUUAAGUCCUUUUCUUUCUGUUUUUAACUAGCUCUAAUUUCUCAGUUCUCCUCAGAUCUGCAGUGUGCUUGUUCAAGAAUAAUGGCUCUUUUCUCCCUGGGAGGAAAGUUAGAGGUCAUGUUGGGGUCCAGUUAUUUUUUGUAGUAAUAACAUUUUAGGAAAUGCUCAUAUUUGCUCUCUUGCCAAGAGUGAGAUAAGAAGAUUGAUACCACUCCUGAGUCUGUAAAGUAAAUAUGAUCUAACAGCCAGCAGUUAGCUUAGCUUAGCAUUAAGAUUGAAAGACUAAAGAGUCACAGGAGGAGGGUUUAUUAUAUAUUUAUUAUUAUUAUUAUUAUUAUUAAUAAUUAUAAUAUUAUAUAACAUAGAGGCUAUAUAUAUAAAUGUUUCCCAAAAUAUUGAACUUAAUAGUGCAGUAUUUGUGAGCACUACAUUGAGGAUAGAACUAGUUUAACACUGGUCGGUGUACGUGACCUGGUUGUGGUCCUGAAUCUAAUGAAUCAUUGUGUUUAUCUGUAUUUACAAACCUUGACUGAAAUUGGUUUAAAAGGGUUAUUCUGCCACAGGAGCACUGCGGGCUGUAAUGAUUAAAUGUUUAUUUUAAAGAAAACAUAUUUGCACACAGUUUCUUAAUAAUUGCUAGCUGUGACAGCGUGUGUGUGUGUGUGUGUGUGUGUGUCGUCAUGGCAAAAUGUGACAGAAUGAGACACCGACUGCAGCAGGAACUUCCACAGAAGAGGAUUAGAGUACUUAGUUGUUUGUAUUUCUGUUCGUCUGUCUUUGUUUCUUGCACGGUGGAGAAAGACGGUCACAAAACUUUCCAGGAGUUUGAGAGGUUCGAAGAUGGGUGUGGUCCAAGCAAAGAAGUAGUAGGGUGCUACUUUACACCUGGUGGAAUUUGGCAUCACAGCUGGUGUGAUUCCAACCAUUGACUGAAUGAUAUAUGAACGUAGUCUCCGUGACGUCUGCCGUGGGUUUCUGAAGAGUUCAAAGCGUGCUCACGUUUGGGUUUCAUCAUUGUAACCGUCACUAAGGGUCUUAAACAGUAGUCCGGGCUUUUACAGUUCAUUUUUUACACAGUGCUCUUUGGAAGAAACAUUGUGAAAAUAAAGGGUGCACAAAAAGA